AUGGAGGUGUUGAUUCAGUUAUGGAUAGCUCAAGGCUUUCUUCAUUCAACAUAUGGAAAUAGACAUCUUGAAGAUAUUGGUCGCGAAUAUUUUAUGGAUUUGCUUUGGAGGUCGUUUUUCCAAGACGUACAAAGAGAUAUAGUUGGUGAAAUAGGAAAGUGCAAAAUGCAUGACCUUAUUCAUGAUCUUGCACAGUUAGUAGCAGGUGAGGAGUGCACAAUUUUAUAUCCAGAUAGAGAAAAAGUAGUUGGAAGAACUCGUCAUGUGGCAUUUCAUUCUUCAAAUUCAUUACCAGAUAUUCCUGCUCUUUUGCCCAAGCCUAACAAAAUGAGAACACUUCUUCUAGGCAUUCCAAUACUUCCAAGACUUGAUGAUGAACUUAACUUGAACAAUGCAGUACUUGAGUUGAAUAAGUCAGUAUCUAAUACACUUAUUUCAAGUUUUAAAUGCUUGCGUGCUUUGAAUUUGAGUCAGUCGAGUAUUCAAAAAGUGCCGAAUUCCAUUGGCAAGUUAGAGCAUUUAAGAUUUUUAGAUCUGUCUAGGAAUAAAGAUAUCAAACUACUCCCCGCUUCUAUAACUAAAUUGCAGAAUUUGCAAACACUAAGACUAGACUAUUGUCUUAAACUUAAAGAAUUGCCAGAAGAGACUAGAAACUUAAUCAGCCUAAGGCAUCUUGGACUAGAUGGGUGUAAUAGCUUAACGCAUAUGCCUCCUGGACUUAUAAAGUUGACCGCUCUCCAAACAUUGUCCCUAUACAUUUUAGGGAAGAAAAAAAGUUCUCUCUCCAAGCCAAUGGGUGGGCUAGGGGACCUGGAUGGUUUAGAUGAGUUGAGAGGAGAUUUAUGGAUCAAGGGUUUAGAGCACUCGAGAUCUUCUGCAUCAGAAGCAAAGGCUGCAAACUUGGAGAGGAAGCGACAUCUUCAAUGGCUGAUAUUAGAGUGGGACCGAGAAUCUAGUGAUGAAAGUGAUAAGGCAAUUGCAAAUGAUGAACAACUAUUGCAAAACCUUCGGCCGCACCUAAAUUUGAAUUUAUUAUCUAUAUUUGGGUAUGCAGGUGUGACGUUAUCUAGUUGGGUGUCCUCACUCUCAAAUUUGACUGCUAUUCAAAUAGCGAAUUGUAAGUGGCUUCAACAUAUCCCACCAUUGGACCGAUUCCCUUUUCUGGAGCGUCUUUAUCUUAAAAACUUGAGUGAGCUGAAGUACAUAGGCAAUGAUGGUAGUGACGUGUCCUCUUCUCCCCUGAAAAUUCUCAGAACCCUCACACUUAUUAAUUUGCCAAAGUUGAGUGGAUGGCGAAAGACGAGGGAAACAGAUCAUCUUCCAUUAUUUCCUUCAUUUCCUUCCCUUUAUCAUUUAUUUAUCAGUAAUUGCUCUAUGAUGUACCUAACAAUAUCCUCCUCUUCCUCUCCCUUUUCUGAUCUCUCCAAAUUGAAGCAUCUUUAUCUUGAGGAAUUAGAGGAACUUGAAUAUCUGCCACUAGAGUGGCUGCAAAACCUCACUUCUCUUGAGGCCCUGGGGAUUUGGGAUUGUCGUAAAAUGAGAGUAUCAAUUUCUCCACUCUUUCAACAUCUCACCUCACUUGAAAAUCUGUCUAUUCUUCGCUGCAAAGAACUUAUUAGCAAUGAGAAUGAAGAUGGGGCACAUGGCCUUGGACCUACAAGAUUUGGUCAUCUAUCUAUCGUAGGCGUUCCAAAUUUGGUUUCUCUCCCAAGAGAGCUUAGAGAUGUUACCACUCUGCAAGGGAUUCAAAUUAUGGAUUGCCCUAGUUUGGUGUCUUUACCAGAGUGGAUAGGCGAUCUCACUUCACUUAAGGAGCUUGGAGUCGUAAAUUGUCCGAAUUUAAUGUCACUGCCUGAAGGUAUGUGCCGCCUCACCUCUUUACGUCGUUUGACAAUUGCGGAGUGUCCUUGCUUGGAGGAAAGAUGUGAACAAGGAACUGGAGAGGAUUGGCCAAAGAUUGCUCAUGUCCCAAACUUUCGAAAUGGCGGCGAUGGUAAUCGUAAAGAAUGGGGAGCAAGCCUAAUUCACCAAACUCUUAAGAUGCAGGAACAAAGUAAGGUUAUAAAGACGCUUCCUCAGACCUUGUCGACAAUCAGAUUUCUAUUCAUGAAAUGGGUUGUGGGAAUCAUGUGGAUAUUUCUACAAUCUGUUUGGAUAAGACAAAUUCAUUUCUUCAAAGAGACUUGGUAUAAUUGAGUUUCUCUCUUUUAUCUGAUGGUGGAAUUGUAUUAGUGAUACGUAUACCAAUGUUAAAAUGCCAAAUGCUAUUCCUUCUUCCUUAUUUCACUUGCAGAUACAAUUGAAGCAAUUGAAGCAUUUCUGAUUUAUGAUUUUAGAGAAUUUCUGAUUUAUCGGAUUUCAUAUGUAGAAACAAUUGAAGCACGGACAUACAUGGAUUUAAGAUUUGGAGCCAACCCGAAACUUUUUCACUCUGCAGCUAAGCAUUUAGUUGAGAAGUCGGGAAUUUGAGAUGGAAAAAUUAAGAAAAAUCAUAAGGUGCUGAAAGCUGAAGCAGUAGAUAUUAGACUUGGAGUGGAUCAGGAGGCGUUUGUGAAAAGGGUGCUCCAUGUCAAUUGCCGAAAAAGAGACAAUUCCUCUUAUACGUGCUGGCCUGUAACUUUUAUUUUUCUUUGCCCCUGAUCCCAUGCUCCAUUUCCUCCUGCCUCGGAAUUGUGUCCUUUUCACUUAACUCAUUCCUUCCUUGAUCGAAAAAGUAUCAUUUCACAACAGAGGCCAAGAAGGGAGCUUUAAAAUGAAGCUCUUCUUUUUUGCCCUUUUGAAGGAAACCCUGGGAAAGUGGUGGGGAGCUGGGAGUUGGGCUCAAGAGUUGUUUGGGUAUUUUCCUGGAUUUCUAUAUGAUUUUUAAAAUGUGUUUGAUGGCUUUGUUUCGAUUAGAAGCACGAUCUUGAUAUUGAAAUCUGGACAUGCACAACUAGUGUUUGAAUAUUAGGAGUUAUUAUCCAUUUUGUUAAUGUAGAAUAUUUGGGUAUCUUAUGAUUAUGGGGUAGAUUUAAGAUUUAUUCUUAUACUCUUAAUGCAUGAUACCUUAUGUCCCUUGAUGAGAUAAUAUGUAUUGGACAUCCAUUUAUAUUUUUAUGCCUUCCUCUGUUAUUUGAUGAACAAGAAAAAUGGGAACAUCUUUGUGAUUUUGAACGGAGUAUGUGAUAGUUACAUAAUUUUGAUAAAAACUGACAUAAAUUGCAGGUCUGUCAGCUUGAGCAGCAACUGUUUGAUCAUGUUUUCCUAUCUUCUUCAAAGGAUGUUUCAAGUUUGGCUCCAUGGAUUAGUCCUCUAUUUAUUAAUCAAAUAUUCUCCUCUUUUUCCAUGUGGUGCCAUGGUUGAGGCUUAUUCAAUAGAAACUUGAUGUGAUAUUGCAACUCA